UGUGUGUGUGUGUGCAGGGCUGCAGCGUGUGCGGAUGGAGCGGCAGAGAGGGAGGGAGCGCAGAGCGAGAGAGUUGGAGCACAGCGCAGCACAGAGCCUCAGCCACACAGAGCGGUCUGCGCGCAGAGGAAGGACGCGCUCUCCAUCGCGCUCCUGAGGAAAAAAACGACCUGUCUGCUGGACAGCGGUGUGCGACGGACACACACACACACUCAGACAUACACAGUCAAGGACAUAUGUGAGCGGGGUGCGUUUCCGCGGGGACUCUACCACCAGGAUUCAGGAUUUUUUUGCGCAAGUCAUGGCAUUUGUUUGGAAACUAAAUAAACAAUGCACUCUGCUGGCGACAACUAAUUCACAAAGAUGAGUCACCGAGGGGAUGAUCGAAGACAUCCAGUGGCUCUGUGGUCUGCUCAAGCGGGGCAAAGUCCGGUAAGCUGCGCGAUUCUCACCCACGGAGCGAUAAGCGUCUCUCGGUCACCUUCUGAAAUGAUGUCUUGUGGCGACGUGCGUGGCGCGCCAGAGUGCGCGUGAGUGACUGACCGAUAGUCUUUCUGAAAGAGAAAGAGAGGCUGGAUAUAAACAGCAGCCAGGCUUUCAGGCAGCGACAGCCAGACACUCAGAGCAGCCAUCUCGCCUCUGUCACAGCUCCUCAGACCCAUGCAGGAUGCCCGGAGAGCGCCGGGGAGUCCUGGUCCAGCUCAGCCCGAGUUCAUGACGCUCUGGGCGGCCUCGUCAUGCGUCUCUUGCCCGAGCCCAGCGCCCAGUCCCUCCGGCUCCUCUUCCUCUUUAUCUUCGUGAUGGGGGUGACCCCUUCCCCGGCUCUCACAGCCGGCUGCCCCGACAGAUGCGUGUGCGACGACCAGCUGGUGGUCCAGUGCGCCGGGCAGGAGCUCACCCUGUUCCCCAAUGACCUGCCCCUGGCCACCAGGCAGCUCAUCAUCUCCAACAACCGCAUCGGGGACCUUCCGGCGCUGCAGCUCAACUACCUGUCCGAUCUGGUCUAUCUGGACUGCAGCAACAACUCUCUGACCGAGAUCUCCGAGUCCACUUUCGGGAAUUUGCGUAAACUCGCCUAUCUGGACUUGUCGUUCAACACCCUGCUGCAGAUCGAGGACCGGACUUUCGGGCCCCUGGCAUCUCUGGUGAUGCUCCGGCUGACGGAUAACCCGAGUCUGGGGGAGAUCCACCCGGAUGCCUUCUCGGAGAACAUGGCUCUGCAGGUGCUGGAUGUGAGCCGGAACAACCUGACGGCCCUCAACAUCAGCAGCCUGAUCGCCCUGCCUGCUCUGCGGUCUCUGGGGCUCAGCGGCAACCCCUGGAGCUGCGACUGUGACACGGAGGACCUCUGCCUCUGGGUGCAGAUAGAGGGCUUCAAGUUCCAAGACGAGGGCCAGACAGUUUGCCAGAGUCCCCCAGAGCUGGCGGGCCAGCGGUUGGCGGAGGUCGGCAUGCAGCUGCGGGCGGACUGCCACCAAGGCCUGGGCUACUGGGACUACCUCUUCUUCAUUGCCAUCGGCUUUGUCAUCUUCUCGGCCGGAACGGUGUCGGCCUGGGUGAUGGGCGUGCUCAUGGUGCUGUACGAGCGCUACAGCAAAAGGAAGAGCGAGGAGCUGGACAGCGAUGACGAGGACGAGAGGGGAGGGAUGGGCGGAGGUGGUGGGGGAGGGGGCGGAGGAGGUGGAAACCAGGGGAACGGGGAUCUGAGCAAGCCUGGCAUGCAGGUGUGA